AUGGCGGCGUCCUUGGCAGAGACGGCACUCCCGAGUCAGGAGGAGAUCAACACGCUUGGGCUGGCCACGGCAGUGGGGCCCAUCGCCACCUGGGCCGGCCUCGCGGAGGAGCCCUUGGCGCAGUUGUCCGAGGUCUUGGGGUUCAGCUCUGUGCAGGACUUCAAGCAGGCGCCGCCGCGCCUGCUGGCGGCGUCCCCGCCGGAGGCAUUCGAGGAGGCGCUCAAGGAGUGGAUGGGCGCCUCAUUCCUCUCCAAGGCUGGCGCGCGCCUCCUCUACAAGGUAGCGGUGGCGCUGUGCACGGCCAAGGUCUCUUCGGAGGCCAGGCCGGCCGAGGGGGCGGCGACCACCAAUGCGAAGAAGAAGCUGAAGCUCGCGCACCUCAUCGACAGCACGGACGACACGGAGAUCAACGCGCCCGACACGGACCAGGUGACACGGUGGUUCGAGAACUACGCCGAGAUCAAGCACGGGGAGCCGCUCGAGCACCACGAGCCGACCCCGGACCAUAUCGCAGCGCUCCACACCCGCGUUGUGGAGCUGAAGGCGGAGCCGUACGCGGACUUCUCGCUGCUCACGCCUUACGGCCGCCGCAUGGCCAAGAUCCUCCGCCACCGGAGCUGGUUCCUCCAGGAGGACGGCUCCUACAAAGCCAUGGAGGUACCAGGGCCCGCGAGCUUCGAGGUCUGGGAGAAGUGCUUCGACGUCUACGAGGUCAUCCUCCUCAUGCUCCGCUUUCCGCCGGCUGCGGAGGGCGACGGCCGCCCGGAGGUCGUGGUUACGCCAAUCGCGAUCGACGCUUACCGGGAGGCCUUCAAGCAGCUGUGCGAGGAGCACCCGGAGUGUUGGCACCUUUGCCAGCGCGCCGAGGACCGCUGCCGGGCGGAGCACUUCGCCAGGGUAGCGCGCAAGCUCCGGGACAAACACCGGCGCAAGCCUACUUGGAGCAAGGUCUUCCAGGAGGCUGCCUUGGACGACCGCUACUGGGACCGCGAAGUGCGGCGGCCGGCGCUGGGGUUUCUCGCCAGGAACAAGCGCCCCCAGACGGACGGCGACGACGCUACUUCAGCAGCGUCGCAGGAGCCCCCGGCGAAGAAGACGGUCUCCCAGAAGCGCCGGGAGAGGAAGCAGAAGCUGGUGGAGGUUGGGAGCGAGAGCAAUCCAGCGAAGGGCAGCCGCAAGGGCGAGACACACCCCAGGAAGGACAAGCAGGGCCGGUUCAUUACGACGCGGGAGGGGCAGGAGAUCUGCUUCAAGUACGCGAACGGCCCCGACAAAGGCGGGUGCACGGGGAUCCACGAGGCCAAGGGGCAGGGGAACCUGGGGGUCAAGGACGAGGAGGAGGAGGAGCACGAGGAGGAGAACUGCGAGGUCAGGGACUUCGAGGUCGCCGAAGCUGGGUGCGAGAGGAGCCAGGUCGUCACCGACAGCGCUGCCCUACGCGCGGGGCAGACCGGGGCUGCCCGACGCCCUCCGGAUGGCGUGGCGCUUCCAGAACCGAGGGCUGCCAGGGAGGCUGCAAACAAUGCGGCCCUUGGUGGGCUCCGAAACCCCAACCGGGCAGUCGCCAGAUCUGUCGGGCUCAGGCGGACGGGCGCCCGGGUCCGGAAGGUCCUCGACGAGGUGCUCGACCGCUCAUCGUUCAAGGAGAGUGUCGUCUCGGUCAUCGACCAGAUGGGCACGGACCAGUGCAAUGGCUUCAGCCAAGAGGCCGUGGAGUUCACCCAGGAGGCGCUCCGGAAAGAGUUCGGGGCUUCGCGUUCGGACCCCGGCACCGUUUUCGACCACCAGCUAUGGAAGUCACUUUUGGACGCGGCGGGAGAUCCAGAGACAGAAGUUCCGGGCUGGCUCCGGCACGGUUGCCCGACCGGCAUUGGGGAGUCGGAGGUUCGCACGUGCGGCAUCUUCCCGCCGGUGGACCAUGCCAGCGCAGCCAUAGAGAAGGCCAGACAGUUCGCUGCCCUCCGGGCCGCGCAGGAGUGGAGGCACGACCUCCACAAGAGCUACGCCAGCUUCUACACCGACGGCGGCGCUCUGGCGGAGCAGGAGGUCCAGCGCAUCGAGCAGCGCGGCUACAUCGAGAUCAUCCGCGACUGGGACGAGGUACGCAGCAGAUGGCCCGAUGCGACGGCGAGCAAAGUUGCGCUCCUCGUCAAGACGCGGGAGGACGGUUCGACGAAAGCCCGCAUCAUCAUCGACCUACUGCGCUCGGGGGUCAACGGGGGAGUCGCCCUCCCAGAGCGCGUGGUCCUACCCCGCUUGUCGGACCUCACGGCCGCGGUUCUCGACCUCAUGGAGAUCGACGUCAGGGCCGACUGGCACCCGGACGAGGAUUGGUACGAGCUGUGCACGGUGGACUUCGAGGACGCCUUCCACACCCUAUCGCUCCGAGCAGCCGACCGGGGGAAGAUGGUCUUCAAGACGGCGGCUGGCUGGGCAGUCUUCCGCCGCCUGUGCUGCGGGAUGGCUUCGGCCCCCUUGGUUUGGGGCAGAGUCGGCGCCGCUGCGUGCAGGCUGGGCCAGGCGAUGUUCCAACCGCACGAGCUCAGAAUCCAGUGCUUUGUGGACGACCCCGCGAUCUGCACUCGCGGCCCCCCGCACCAGCGGAAGCGGCUCUUGGGUGCGCUCCUCCUGUUCUGGGCCGCGCUUGGUUUCAGGCUCAACUGGAAGAAGGCCAUUCGCGGGCAGACCGUGCCCUGGAUCGGGGCACAGCUGGAGCUCCAGCGCCGGUGGUGUCGGAAGUGCCGCCGGCACGCGUGGGGCAUCCAGGUCACGCUGGCUCCGAAAAAGUGCCGGGAGAUCGUCGAGGCCGUCGACGCGAUCCACCGCUCGACGGGCGUUGUCCACGUCAAGGAGGUUCGCAAGAUCGCCGGCCAGCUCUCGUGGGCCAGCGGUCUACUUCCUUGGCUUCGCGGGUUCAACGCCUGCCUGUGGGCGGCGUUGGCGGCGCACGACCAGGAGCAGAACGCGCAGGCCUUGAGAUUCUCGGCCAAGAAGCGGCCCGGCCAGCUCUUCUUCUUGCUGCGAAUCCAGCAGGCGAUCACCUGGAUCCGCUUGCUGUUUGCCGGGCUCAUCCGGGACCGCGAGGGCAAGGCGAUCACAGUCCAAAGAUGGACAAAUGCGACAACCCGCCUAGCCGACCUGUCGGCGUGCAUCCGCACCGACGCGUCCCCGUGCGGGUUCGGCGCGAUCUUCUUCGUCGAUGGGGCGCCGCGCGCCUGGAUCGCCGAGGAGUGGGCGGACGCGGACCUCGAGCUGCUCCACGCGACCCGCGGGGACCCAGCGUGGCAGGCCGAGUGGGAGUUGCUCGCGCUCCUGGUUGCCGUGGAUUGCUGGCUGCCGCGCCUCAAGGACGAGGCGCUCGCGCUGCUCCAGACGGACGCCACCGCGGCCCUCUUCAGCGCAGCCAGGCUGGCCGGGAGAACGCCGCUCAUGAAUGCUCUCGCGGCGGAGUUGGCGCUGCGGUUCGAGUGCGCGAAUGUCCACGUCAGCCUGGAGCACGUUGCGGGCACGCUGAACUUCGAGUGCGACGCGCUGAGCCGGAUUUCGCAGGGCGCGGCGAUUCCGCGCUCGCUCAGGGCUGACCGCGCGGCCGCUACGGGGGCCGGGGCUGGCGCCCGCUCGGCUGCCCAUGCUGCGUCGCUGGCGUCGGCGAUGGCUGGCCCCGCGGCCGCCUCGGGCGCCGCUCCUGCACAGCUUCCGGCUGCGUCGCGCGCGUCGGCGAGGGCUGACCGCGCGGCCGCUUCAGGAGGCGGGGCGGGCGUUGGCUCGGCCGCCCGCGCUGCGUCGCAGGCGUCGGCAAGGGUCGGCUCUGCGGCCGCGUCGGGCGCGGAGCUUGUGCCUCGUAAGAGCAGGAAGGAUUUCCCAGACGUCAGGGCGACAAAACGCCCCUGCAGAGCAGAGGUGCUCACGGCCAUCUCCACGAUCAAGGGGAAGGAGGGGGUCCUCGCCAGGCUCCUGCAGGACACUUCAGCGGCCAGCAGCAAGCUCACCGCCGACUCGCUGUGGGCAACCUGGUCGGUGUUCCACCAGGCUUGGUUUGGCGAAGCGACGCCGGCCCUCCCGCUGAGCGCGGAGACGGUCUACGCUGUCGCCGCUUGCUUCAAGCAGGGGGGCUACCGGGGGUUCCCUGCGUACAUGGCCAAGGCUAAGGAGGCCCACACCCUCGCCGGCUGGCCGUGGGAUGAGCAGCUGGACCUUGCUCGGCGGAAGGCCACGGCAUCGGUCCUCCGGGGCUUGGGCGUUGCGAGACAGUCCGCGCCCUUCGACCUCAACGCAGCGGUCAAGGCGGUGCGCGAGGGCAGCGUCCACCUGGGGCCGCUCGCGCCCGUGGGAUGGGUGAACUUCCUCAUCGUCGCCUCCAUUUUUGUCAUGCGGGAGAUCGAGGCGGCGUUUGCCAAGGUCGGCCACGUGACCCUCAACAGGGCCGAGCGCAAGGUCAGCCUCAGGCUCCCAGUCUCCAAAAGGGACCCGCGGGCCGUCGGCUGCACGAGAACAUGGGGUUGCACGUGCGCGAGCCCGCUGUCUCGUGAAUUGUGCCCGUAUUGCGCGGCAGAUGAGCAGUUGGGCAUGCUCCGGGACAUGUUCGGCCCGAGCUUCGAUGACGACUUGCCGCUCUUCCCAACCCGCACUGGCGGGGUCUGCCUGAAGGCCAACAUCGUGGCGGCGCUCGAGGCCACCGUUGCGGCUUACGGAGGCGCUCCGUUCCACCCGAGUGGCGCGAAGGCUUUGGGAGGGCAUUCUUUCAGAGUCACGGGAGCCCAGAGGUUGGCCAUCGCAGGGUUGGAGGUGCACAAGAUCAUGCUGCAUGCGCGGUGGGCCGGCGACACCGUUCUCCGCUAUAUCCGCGAGGCGCCCUUGGAGAAUCUCCCAGCGGAGGUGAUCGCUCUCGAGGAGAAGCGCUCGCUCAUCGAGUCCCUCACCAAGGCGCAGGACGACGUGAUCAAGGUUGGCGACCAGGUGGCUGCCCAGAAGCAGGACGUCGCGGACGCGCUGGCCGCCCUGCAGGAGCGGCUCGCCAAACUCGACGCCGGCUCCGCCAAGCCAUACGUCAGCGGCGGAGGCUCGAGGAGGUUCCGGGUCCACGAGGUCGCAGUGGAGGGGCUCGACGUCCCCCCGCAGCUGUGGAGGACCAAAUGCGGCGUCAGGUUCGCCCACUGGUGCUUCACGAAGCACGCCUCCCUGGCGUCCGUCCGCACCGAGCUCGUCGGCUUCGAGUCCCUCAUCGUGUUCGGAAGGCUCCACGUCUUGAG